UAUCAUAGUAACUUACUUUCAGCCGUCGUCGUCUUCGUCUAGGCGUCGUCGAUUAUUGAGCCCUCUCUUAUGGCUCUAGCUAGGAAGUACAACUAGGAUAAGAUGAUCUGCAGAAAGUAACAAUGUCUGUCUUUAAAGUAUCAUCAAAUUGAAAAGUGCAAGGCAUAAACCAGGGUAUUUCCCUCCAGAUUCUCUUUCAUUCGAUCAAUUGAACGAAAAUAAGAAGAUAAAUGCGCCGAUUACUAUUCCAUCACGCUCGAAAUUUACUAUCCUCAACAAAAGAUCUCUCUUCUCUACAAUCUCUGCGUCUGCUUCACGUUUGCAUCAUUGGAAGCGGCCCCGCUGGAUUCUACACUGCUGAAAAGAUGUUGAAGGCUGAUGAUAAAGUAGAAAUCGACAUUCUUGAUCGGUUGCCAACGCCAUUUGGGUUGGUUCGAUCUGGGGUUGCGCCGGAUCAUCCUGAGACAAAGAUUGUAGUCAACCAAUUCACCCGUGUUGCUACAAAUGAGAGGUGUUCGUUCUAUGGAAAUGUGUCUCUUGGGAAUUCUGUCUCUCUUCCAGAGCUGCGGCAAAUAUAUGAUAUAGUGGUACUUGCUUAUGGUGCUGAGAGCGAUAGGUCUCUUGGCGUCCUUGGAGAAGAUUUGCGUGGAAUAUAUUCAGCAAGAGAAUUUGUGUGGUGGUAUAACGGGCACCCUGAUUGCUACAAUUUGGAGCCAGACUUAAAACACACAGAUACGGCUGUUAUAUUUGGUCAGGGCAAUGUUGCUCUUGAUGUUGCUCGUAUUCUUUUGAGACCUACAAUAGAAUUGUCAGCCACAGAUAUUUCCUCUCAUGCCUUAGCUGCCCUCCAAAAAAGCAGUAUAAGGAAAGUGUACUUGGUUGGAAGACGGGGCCCUGCUCAGGCAGCUUGCACAACAAAGGAACUCCGUGAAAUUCUUGGUAUUAAGAAUGUAAAUGUUCACAUUCAGGAAGCUGAUCUAGUGAAAUCUCCUGCAGACGAGGAAGGACUGAAAAACACUAGAAUUCAAAGGCGUGUAUAUGAAUUGUUUGCUAAAGCAGCUACUUCUGCUCCUCAUCCAGCAGUUGACCAACGGGAACUUCAUUUUGUUUUCUUCAGAAAGCCAGAAAGAUUUUUGUCUUCAGAUGGCUGUAAUGUUAGCGGCGUGCGCCUUGAGAAAACAUGUUUGAAAGAAAAUGGCGGUUCUGGCAGACAGGUGGCAGUCGGAACUGGGGAAUUUGAGAAUCUUAAUUGUGGGCUUGUUUUGAAAAGCAUUGGUUACAAAUCAUUGCCAGUCAAUGGCCUGCCAUUUGACAGUCAAAGAGGUAUUGUUCCUAAUGUGAAGGGCAGAGUUGUUAGCAGCAAUCAGACAGAGCAUGAGAAAGUGGAGCAUGGUCUUUAUGUUGUAGGAUGGCUAAAAAGGGGCCCCACUGGGAUCAUCGGUACAAAUCUCUAUUGUGCCGCGGAAACAGUCAUGAGCAUAUUGGAAGAUGUACACAAGGGAGAAUAUGUGCAAUCAUCUAAACCUGGAAGGGAAGGGCUUCUCCAUUUAUUAAAAGACAAAAAUCUCAGAUUCGUGCCUUUUGGUGGUUGGGAAAAGAUAGAUUGUAAAGAGAAGAUGAAAGGUCAGCUUCAAAAUAGACCAAGAGACAAAAUCACAUCCUGGGAAGAACUGCUCAAGGCUGCAAAUGAAUGACGAAAAUAUUCUGGAUUCGGUAUGGAUCGUGCCUUCUUAGCAUCAGAUUUCGUUGAUACAGAAUUAUUUAAUUGACAAGUAUAAUGUACCGAGUUGAGUUACUAUAAUUAUUUAUUGAGCAUGAUUUUGUAUCAUUUACUUACAAAUAAUGGGAACAUGUGUAAGUUCCAUUUACUGUAGUAAUAAUUCAAGCUCUCAGGAAAAGUUUUGGAUUGUAUAAAUGCAGCCGUUAAACCUGGACAAGUUGUAGCUCAUGUUUGGUAGAGAUUGUAGUACAUAUUGAACGCAUGAACGCUCAUGUUGGCACUGGAAGCAGCACAAACUAUGGCCUUGUGUAUGCAGACUUCAAUUGUCCUUUGGUAAAUGUUUAUGAAGAGGAGCCAUCUUGGGCUCUGUAGGGUUAGAUUUCAUGAUUUUUUUUA